GAGCGAAUAUUUUCCUUGUUAUCGUAAAAGUAAGUUUUGUCAGCACUCCCAAUGGCAGCGGUAAAAAGCGCAACUUUAAGAUGGAAUAACGGGCUCGAAGUGUACCAUAUGAGACCACCGGUUGUUAUGGUGCGGAGACAGUCGAUGUAGUGUCCUGAAUCGAUCAAAGCAAAAUAAUGGGGAAUAAAAACGAAUACCUCUGCUCUUCAAAGCUACAAAGAUAAUUGGUCGACGGUCAGUGCUGGUAAAAGCUUCGGCUACGAAGGUAAUUAUAAGCAAGUUAGAGGCUUGGACAUUAUCGCAGCUUGGCUAAAUUCAAAGGCGAUCUUGUUGGGAAGAUGGAGACAUCAGUUACAAGUAGUGAAGACACUUCUAGUGGCAUACAGUAUGGACAUGCAACUGUCACUUCAAGCCACAUGAUGUUAAUAUGUGAUGACGUGGGCGCUUCUUGGAGAGAUCUGGGUACUCAGUUGAGGCUCCCAUCAGCUGUGGUUCGUAAUGUUGAAAAUGAUUACACCUUAUGUCGAGAAAGGGCGUGGCAAGUGCUAGACAGAUGGAAACAAAGAAACGGGACUGGAGCAACUUUGGGAAAUCUUACAGAUGCUCUGGAGAAAAUAGGGAAGAGAAAUGCCGCUCAAAGGCUCGUUGAGACAGAGAAAGUGGAGGCUGGGUUACACUGUGCGCGAGUACAAAGUUCGAAAUUGCGAAGGGAAGUUGACCUUUUGAGGACGGGCCUACAGAACGAGAAACAGAAACACGACACAACAGUUAAAGAACUCAGAGAAUUUACCAAAAGCCUACAAGAAAUGCUAACAGAAAAGGGUGAGGAUGAGCGACAACAUAUAGAAACAAGGGUCCAGGGCUUAGAAACCACAAUUAAAAGGCUGGAAACAUACCUUUCGACUGAAAAAACCGCCGAUAAGGAGGUUCUGAUGCAAGAAACGAGCCGCUUGGGAAAAAUCUGCGACCAGAUGGAAGAGGGUCUACGGGUUGUGCAAGAAAACAUCAAAAUGAUCUCUGAAAACCAGAAGGAAAUCACGGGUAAAUCAUUACAGCCCGAAAAUAGUGCAUGGGAGGAAACAAGUGAGAGGCGUUCAAGUGCAAGACAGAAGGGUGGAAUGGCUGACCGAAGCCAGAAAGACGCCGGACAAAGAUAUGGGGAAAGGCAGAAGAACGAAGGAGCGACCAUACAACUUUUGUAUGAAGGAAGCCAAGCAUGCUUGCGAUGUCCUGAUUUGGAAAAGGAGCUUAACGACAUUAAGACAAAAAGAGAAACAAUUAAAAACAAAAUCAGCCAACUCGAGCUCAAGCACAAAGAAGAUAAGAAGAAGUGGGACGAGGAUAAAAAAGAAAAAGAUAAGAAAAUAAAAGAAAACGAGCUUGAAAUUGGCAACUUAAAGAAAACCAACGAAAAACAGCAGAGGCAGAAAGAAAGACUCUCCAAAAAGAAAGCUGAAAUGGAGAAAAAGAAAACUGAAGUCAUGGAAGAAAACAAGAAAAUCAUGGCUCGGAUUGAAAAGUUAUUGGCCGAGAAGGAGGAGCUGGAAAAGGCGCUACUUGUUCAAACCGGUGCAAAAGAACAGGAACGGCUCAAGGCUGAAAAUGGUAUGCUGUUGACUAGAAUUGAACAGCUUUCCAAAAGGGUGAACAACAGCGAGCUAGAGUGCAAGAGGCUUCACGAGGAGCUUAAAAAGUACAUCAACUUCGAAAGUCGUGUUUUCUUACCAACUGGAAAGGAAUUUGCCACAAACUGCCCUGGUGUUAUUUGCAAUUUGAAGAGAGAUGUUACAUCAAAACUGCAUGCUUCUAGAUCUUCCGAUGGGCCAGGAAAAGCAAGUGACAUAUUUGACCAUCAGAAAGGAACUACCAGUGGAACAGAGGAGAGGAAAGAUUCAUGGUGGUCCAUUGAUCUAGGCUCAAGCCAUCGGCUUGUAAUCACACAUUACUCUUUAAGACACGGAAAAAGAGAUGGAGAGUCAGUUCUUACCCAUUGGCAACUGGAGGGAUCCAAUGACGGAAUGAAUUGGAAAAAACUUGAAACUAAUUAUAAAAGGGCAGAUCCUCCACGCUUCAGAGAUCCUCAUCCAUAUUAUACAGGCACCUGGUCAGUUGAAGGAAAAAUGGGAGCUUUCCGAUUUUUUCGAAUUUUCCAAACAGGCAGAAAUUCCUCUCACAAAUAUGGAAUCUACUUGUCCGGAAUUGAACUGUUCGGGGUACUUCUAAACAUCUAGAAGCUUGCAGAAGAAGCCUUCGAGACUCUCGCUCAACUCUCAAAUAGCAACAUAUUGGACUACCUCCCAAAAAUUUUAAAAGCAGUAAGAUCGGAUUUAGAGGGUCACACAUCCCUUCCAUGUAGAAACAUUGUAUAAAGGUCUCAAAGUAAUUUUAUCCUUACUUCCUUUUAUAUCUAUGAGCCAACAGUUUUUGUUUUCUUCGUGCAAAAAUAAGCUUAAAAUUAGCCCUUUAACUCCCAAGAUCUGAUUGGUAAUUCUUCUCCCCUCUAACUGAUACACAUUUCUUUUUAAUUUGGUGUUAUAUCAAGAUAACAUCUUCUACCAGAUAAGUUUAAAUAUUCUCAUUACCUGUUUGCUGGAUAACGCCGAUAUGGCAGGAUCCCGUUACUUAAUAAUGAUGGGCUCCUACGUAUGGAUGUCAUGGAUGUCAUACUCACUUCCGGUUUAAUGUCAGGGGAUUAAAGGAAAAGCUAAGGGUGAGGCGCAUUUCACUCGGCCAAAAAUUCUUGGUUUGUAAUUCCUGUUCAAAUUGAUUUUGUUUUUACAAUAAUACAAUACCACUAUUGACCCUCAGCACCAUCAUGUUGAGCGCCAAAAUUUCCUGUGUUUCCGAUGUUGUCAUGGAUCUGCCUCUACAGUACAAACAAAUCUUAACAGUCCCAAUCUCAAGCCGAAGUGUCAACUUAUCGGUUAGAAAUUCCUCCCCACUAAAAUAUUUCGUCAUUUUAAUUUUAUGCUAAUAUUCAAUCCAAGCGAUAGACAUAUGUGGGAUACCAAAGACGAUCAGUUAAUUGCAGAAAAAAAUGUGAUAAAACUAUACAUAAUAUAUGCAUUUCAAUCGGAUUUGAAUAUUAGCUGAGCGGAAAGCGCCUCUUAAGGUUUUUAAAUAUAUUAAGAUCCAUGCUUGUAGAACAAACGUCUUAUCACAUAAUUUAAAGGAUCGUGUGCGGUUAAAAGUAAAUAUAAUUUAAGGAGACUUAUAUAAGAUAAGGCUUUGACGAUGCACACGGGCAAAGAAGCCCACAACGCUAAGGAUUAUUUCAAUGGCGUGAAACAUGCCUUUUAGACAGGGCUUGAGCUCGCAGCCGUCCAGUUUACCAUGGAGAGUAAAUUAUAGGCCAUUGUUUCUCAUAUCAAUCUAAAUUAAGAAGGAUCGCAACCUUCUGAUCUUGAAAAAACAACAUUUCUCACAAUUUUUGGGGUUUCAAAUGAUCGCAAAAGCAAUAAACACAAGGUGAGAGACGCCUUAUUUCGUUUUCCAAACAGCUGGUUGAUGAGAAUAUGAAAACGAGCGCGAGACGAAAAGAGUUCGUGUAAACACAAGCGUAAAACGAGGAAAAGAGUGCGUGUCGCGUCUAUUUCGUGUCUUUUCAACUUACAUUUAAUAAAAUAGACUCUUACUUUAAUGUUUUUUAUCUCCUACUCAGCCAGCAAUAACGAUAGUUAGGAAUGUAAUGAUGAUAUUUUGAAGGGAACAAGUUUCUUUAAAACUUAUUCAGAUGUUUUGAAGAUAUUUCAUGUUAGAUAAUUGACACCAAUGCGAUCCCACUAACAGCUUGAGAUAACUUGUA